ACAAUAAGACAUUUUGUUUUGUGUCGCAUUAACUAUUUAUUUCAUUUUUUUCUGAAAAAAUAAUAAUUAAAACUCACGUGGUGGGCGCGCAUUCAUGAAGAAAAAAAACAUCCCCUCCAUCAUCGUCUUAAUUACACUUCUAAUCACCUCUUUGAUCUUUACUUAACCACUACUUUAUUUAAAUCACGGAUGAUCAAUUGAUCAUUAUAUACGAACACAUCUAAAUUACUAGUCCGUACACUCUCCGGAUUUCUCACUCCCACUCUCUCUCCUCUCUCUCUCUAGAAUUUGAAACAUUGCUACCAUUUUUGCGGUACAUCCUGUGACAGCGACAAGCGAACAGAACCGACACUCGCAGCACCGAUCCUUCAUUCGUUUGACGUGCGCCGGGGCCUGCCUGUCUUGCGCCGCCGGCGUGCAAUCGCCAGAUGAGUAAAUCAUUAGCUGCUGUUUUACUCUUUGUAGCUUUGGUGGCCACGGCCUCUUCGUUCGCCGCAUCGGAGGAUUCGAAGUUGGUUGAAGAUGAAGCCUCUUCCGCCGCCAAUGCGACCGGCAUCGAUUCCAGCGGCAAUAGGACUAGGCUGAAGGAGGACACCUUUGCUGAUAUUAUCGAUCGGGCGCUUGAGAAGGAGUUCACGGAGAAUGAGGAUCAUAACGAAGUUAAUGAUGCUGGAGGCUUCAACAACAGUGUGGCUGAGCAGCAGGCUGUCCUGGAAACAGUAGCCAGAGUGAAGACAAAGAAAAAUGAGACAAAGGAGGAAAAAUCCUUUAAACUUCAUCAAGUUUUCAAUCUGGAUAAUGACAAUGGAGCUGAAGAGACCCCUACUUUGAUCGAUAGGAAGGACAACGUGUUUAUCAUAUCAAAUUUCAAAUCCAAAUACCCAGUGCUGCAGCUAGACUUGAGGCUCAUAUCAGAUCUGGUUGUUGUCAUUGUCUCUGCAACUUGUGGUGGAAUUGCUUUUGCGUGUGCUGGACAACCGGUUAUUACUGGAUAUUUAUUAGCGGGGUCAGUUGUCGGACCUGGAGGUUUAAAUGUCAUCAGUGAAAUGGUGCAAGUUGAAACAGUGGCACAGUUUGGUGUAAUUUUCCUUCUUUUUGCUCUGGGCCUGGAAUUCUCCACAACAAAGCUUCGAGUUGUUCGUGCAGUCGCUGUUCUUGGAGGGUUACUCCAAAUUCUGCUUUUUAUGUGCCUGUGCGGAAUUAUAUCCUCGGCAUGUGGCGGCAGAGCUUCUGAGGGUGUAUUUGUUGGCGCUUUUCUGUCAAUGUCAUCUACAGCGGUGGUAUAUAAAUUUUUGAUGGAGAAAAAUAGCACUAAUGCUCUUCAUGGUCAAGUCACUAUUGGCACUCUGAUUUUACAGGACUGUGCUGUGGGUUUACUUUUUGCCUUGCUUCCAGUACUUGGCGGCACUUCUGGUGUCUUGCAGGGGGUAAUAUCCAUGACUAAAUCGCUGGUGGUCUUGAUUGCUUUCUUGGCAGUUUUAUCGAUAUUGUCACGGACCUGUGUGCCUUGGUUCCUGAAACUUAUGAUAAGUUUGUCAUCACAGACCAAUGAACUAUAUCAAUUGGCGUCAGUGGCUUUUUGCCUACUUGUUGCUUGGUGUAGUGACAAGCUUGGUCUCAGUUUGGAAUUGGGUUCAUUUGCUGCUGGAGUGAUGAUAGCAACAACUGAUCUUGCCCAGCAUACGCUCGAACAAGUUGAACCUAUUCGCAACAUGUUUGCAGCUCUUUUCCUGGCUAGCAUUGGGAUGUUAAUCCAUGUUCAUUUUCUGUGGAAUCAUGUUGACAUCCUGCUUGCUUCAGUUAUAUUAGUUGUCAUUGUGAAAACUUCAGUCAUUUCUGGAGUUGUCAAGGGAUUUGGCUACAGCAACAAAACUUCAAUACUCGUGGGAAUGUCUCUGGCACAAAUAGGGGAAUUUGCUUUUGUACUGCUUAGUCGGGCCUCAAAUCUUCAUCUUGUUGGGGGUAAAGUGUACCUGCUGCUUCUUGGAACAACAGCACUUAGUCUGGUAACUACUCCAUUGCUUUUCAAGUUGAUACCAGCAGUAGUGCACCUUGGCGUGUUGCUACGCUGGUUCUCGCCUGAAAGUCAAACCGAGCUUGGAUUUAAAGGAGAUGUUCUACGUACAGACAGUGCGAAGCAGAGAAUUGCUUUAAUAUCCAAGGAUCUCUUGAUACAUGAAGGAUGACACUAUUUGUUGAGUUGUAACAGUUCCACAUAUUUUACCUUGGAAAAUGGUCCUUUUAUUAUCAAACCAUCUAAUGUCCAAACAGCUUGAUUGGUUCAUCAGAUCUUCCCUCCGUUUCCAUCAAAAGCAAGGCGGUGCGAUGUGGAUAUAUCUCAUAUUUCUCUAACCAAAGCAGUGAAACAGAAAAAAACGACGCGAGACUCAAAGACUCUCUAGGAUGUAAUCUAACUGCUAGACUAGGAGCCACUAACAAUUCAAAGCAGCACACUGUACAAGGUAAUCCUCCUUUUCCCCUUUUUUGAGUGUAAAAUAAUUUUGCAGUUAUUCAAACAGUUGUAUUUCCUC